AUGCCGGUUGAACCCUGGUUUGUUCCCCUUGCUUACGCAUUCAUUUUGUUGGGCGAUAACUUUGGGCAUCCAUGUGUGUCCUGGUCCCAUGUGUACAAUAAACGGGAGAUGAACGAGUAUCCAUCGCCGCGCAAUAAUGCCUCGAUUGUGCCGCGUCUCAUGCUGGCACGAAAGUUCUGGGCGUAUGGCAAGACGAUUGUCAGCUACAACGACUCGGGAAGUCGCAUGUCUAUUAUCCGGACCGGGCGUGGCACCCAGCUCAGCGAUUCUCCUCACGCCUUGAUGGUGGUCCUCUUGAACACUCACCCAACCGACAUUGAGUUCGUGCAAUUAGAUGUGGGCCUUUGGAACGUCGACACGAUCUGGAAGGACGUAACACAACAGACAGCUGGGCUUGUAGAAAUCAUCAACUCGAACGGUUCCGGGGUUGGAACAUUUGGGGUAAUGUCCAGGACCGUGUCCGUUUACGUAAAUUGCAAUGAUCCAAAUUACGUCGAGGUCGAACAGUUUUGGCUGUAA